UGAAAGGUCGACAACGUCAAACUCAUGCUGCCUGCAACCUGCAACCUGCAACAACAAACUGUUAAAUUAGCCAAACGUUAUCAUUUAGGAAAGAGUGUUACAUUUAUCUAUUUUUUUUCUGUGUUAGUAUUGUAAUUUUUUGUCGGCAGAAAUGUCCGGGAAGGCCAAAGAUAUCCUCCAGCUGGACCUAUAUGGUCUGCUCGGCAUUGAAAACACUGCUACAUCGAAGGAGAUAAAGAAAGCUUAUCGACAGAAAGCCUUGACAUGCCAUCCAGAUAAGAACCCAGACAACCCAAAAGCAGCGGAGCUCUUCCACCAGUUAUCCCAGGCUCUUGAGGUGCUAGCUGAUGCUGCUGCCAGGGCUGCCUAUGACAAGAUUUGUGCUGCCAAGAAACAAGCAGAAGAAAGAAACAAGAAACUAGAUGAUAAGAGAAAGAAAAUUAAGCUUGACUUGGAAGCCAGAGAGCGACAAGCAGAAGCUCAGAGCCAGGAAGAGGUUCAGAUCACAAGAACACUUGAAGAAGAGAUUGCACGCUUAAGGGAGGAGGGAUCCAGACAGCUUGAAGAGGAACAGAGGCUCAUCAGAGAGCAGAUCCAGAGAGAAAGAGAAGCACAGCAAAGCACAGGAGACUACACUCACAGAAACCUUGGAGCGGAGAGAUGUUCCAAGAGCAAUGUAACCCCCAAACUGAAGUUAAAGUGGAAGUGUAAAAAAGAUGACGACAUGAAUGGAGGCUACUCUCAAGACAUUCUUUUUAAACUUCUACAAAAGUACGGGGAUGUUUUGAAUGUGAUUGUUUCGAAUAAGAAGAAAGGAAGUGCUGUGGUUGAAUUUGCAACUGUGAGAGCAGCUGAGCUGGCUGUUAAGAAUGAAAGUGGGCUGAGUGGAAACCCCUUGAAGAUUUCCUGGCUUGAAGGACAGCCUGAGGUUGUUGCCACAGCAUCUCAGUCUGGCCCGUUCAUGUCUUCACAGGGCUCCCUGUCAAAUGAACGCGACUACGAGAGCGUAGUGAUGAUGAGGAUGAGGCAGGCUGCUGAGCGUCAGAAGCUCAUAGAACAGAUGCAGAGAGAGGACGAGGAGGAAGAUGCCAGGUCUUAGCACUGCAUCAACCAGCUUGGAUGACCAAAGGAGAAACAGAGUAGAGAAGAAGUGAGUGCCGCUACAGGAUUCAGUGUUAAGCUGUGUGAUCCCAGAGGUAGGAGAGCCAAUACACAGCAUGUAGGGGUGAAUUUGUGCUGCACAGUAUGUUGUGACGCCAUACUGGAACAAUGCAUGCAAUGUAUAUCCAAGGUCAGAGGUCACCAAAUAACAUUUAAUCAACUCAAUUAUAAGUUUAGUGCAACAUUUGAUCAAUGUUAGGGAAAUAAGUCACAUUAAAACCACAUUCAUCUGAGAACUAGAUCGCUGUGAAUAAUCUGUAGCUACACUGUGUAUUCAACAUUACUAACAAAUGUAUUGAUCUAUAGCAAAUUGAUUUCAAAAUAGAAAAUUUUACACUUUAUAAUGUAUUGUUUUAACAACACAAGGUAUGGGCUGAACAGAAGUCCAGCUGCAAUCUAGCUCUGUAUUUUAGUUGAGUUGUCCGUUAUGCACAUCUGUUGAAAAUGCCUACAAAUUUAAGAUAUUUAGCUUUUUUUUAAGCAUCUUUUAGUCUUUUAUUGGACCACCUUGUUCUCGAUAAUAUUUCUUCAUCGCCUUAAUGGUUUCUCUGACUAGUUUGGCAGAUAUACAUUGUAAUAUGAAAUCGCAUAUAAUUUCAGUUUAUCUUGUCAUAGUACUCAGUGUGUCACAGAUCUUUAUAAAUCACAGAAAUGUAAUGAGGAGCCUUUAGUGGUUAAACACUGAUCAAUACAACGUCCCGGAUCACUAUCACAUUUGUAUGUAAAAUAUUUCCCAUAAAAAUUUGACAUUUGAAGCAUCCCGUAAGUAUUUAGUCUCUAUUUAUUUUGAUGUAAAAGAGCCAAUUGAGAUUGGCGGUGCAACACCACACCUUAUCAAAUACAGUAAUGAUGUAAUUUGCAUCUGUCAGCCAUUGUCUCGUUAAAUGUGACAACUCGUUACCUCCUUCUAGCCAAACAAGUUUAAGUUAAAAAUCACUCUUGUCUGUUUUCUGCACAUUCAUUCAGAAAAUCUGUGAAAUUAGCUGAAUGAUGUUAGUAAUUCAAACCACAAACCCUUCGAUGUGACUACGUGGAAAUCAUUUCUCCCUCAUGUAAAACCAGUAAUUAGGCUGCGAUUGGAACACUAGGUAGGCUGUUAUGGAAUUCCUGUGGCCUCGUGUGAUGAAAAGUGAACAUACUCUGGAAGCUCUCCAUUACAGAUCUGGUGGUUUAGAUGAUUGUUCCCUGGGUUUGUAUACAAUAUAUCUAAAGCUACUCCAGACUGAAGAGGCCUUGUGGACUGUACAAUUUAAAAGCUACACAAUGCUGUUCAUUGAGCUCUGAGCUUUUGUACUGUGGUAGAUAUAUUACUUGAAUAUUUGUUGGUAACCCUAUCAAUUCAACAGUUAAGCUUUUUGGAAAAUAUUCUUAUUUACUUGGGUGAGGGGUGUUUGCUGGGAAGAUUGAUACCACUUUCACGGAAACACAGGUAUACUAGUGCUCUAACUGCCCAUGGUAAGAUGGGCAGCUUUAAAGACCCUCCUGUAACGAAAAUUAAGUUUAUUUUUUAAAUGCUAGAAGCAGACAUCAUGAGCAAAAUAGCAUUCAGUGACAUCUUUGCCCUUAAACUUAAGUGUACCAAAGACAACCUCAGAAGAAUGGCUUUAGAUAUCCAGGACUUCAAACCUGAAGAACCAAUUCUGUCAACUUGCAGAAUGGGGCUUUUCAUGUUAUUACUCCUGUUCAGAAUUGUUUUUUAGUUCCAACAUGUAUGGCUACAUUUUUCCAAUAUUACAGCUUGACAUUGUGUAGCGUAGAGCAGAUUUACAACGUUGCAGGUGAGCUGGUGUGCUCAGGCUGCAACAAGUGGCAGAGGGCAGUGGCAGACGGGGACUUCAUAAUCAUUAUGAAGGAACAAACACAUUUCUAUAGUUUGUUCAUUUUAAUUAACAACGAAGCCACAAACACAGUAAGUUGUAGUUCAACAGGGGGUUAGAUGUUGUACCUUGGCAGGGAGAGGUGACUUUUGGAGUCUUGUCAUCGUGACGUUGCUAGGCAACCAAAGGAGUCUCUAUGGAGUCAUUGCUCCUGGCUAAGAAAUAAUCUGGAGCAUAACCUCCCAUACAUCAUCUGACUCUGACUUACAAUUGAAUACACUGACUCAAAACUUUCAUCAUUCUGACCUAACUCUGAGCAAGAAAGAAAAUAUUUUUUUUCUGUGCCAAAGCUAUUACUUAAAUCACCAACCGAAAGGCUUGUAUUUCAGGAGUCAUUAUUUCUGAAAGACUAAUACCUUGUGGUCAGGUCUGUACCAAGUAGCGCAU